AUGGACGCUGAUCUAACUGAAAAGGGCCUGGGUCUAGGCUCAGAGAUGCUCUGUAUGAAGUCGGUUCAGAUUCCCCAACCCAUUUACCAUGCGCAAGAAUGGAACCCUGAGGAGUUGAAUCACCGUGUGAAUUCCGAUGAGGCUGGGGUUAUUAGUUCUGGGAGUGACAGUAUCUGGACUUGA